UUUUUGUUGAUGAAAAAGGCAAUAUAAAAACAGAUUUUUUGGGACAAAUGUUUUGUACACUGGGAGAAAUCGUUGGAUCACAGGGGAGCAGACUGGAAAAAUCAAUUGUAGGAAUUCCUGGGAAGAAAUGUGGAACAGUCAUAGUAACAGCAGAGGAACUGGGCUGUUGCCGGGAUUCAGUUUUAAUGCAAUUUUGUGCGAACAAACUAGACAAGAAGGACUUCUUUGGGAAAUCUGACCCUUUCCUUGUAUUUCAUCGAAGCAAUGAAGAUGGAAGUUUUACAAUCUGCCACAAAACAGAAGUCAUAAAAAAUACAUUAAAUCCAGUGUGGCAGGCAUUCAAGAUUUCUGUCAGAGCACUGUGUAAUGGAGACUAUGACCGGACAAUUAAAGUAGAAGUGUACGAUUGGGAUAGAGAUGGAAGCCAUGAUUUCAUUGGAGAAUUCACAACGAGUUACAGAGAGUUAUCGAGAGGGCAGUCUCAGUUCAACGUGUAUGAGGUAAUAAAUCCAAAGAAAAAAGGAAAAAAGAAAAAAUAUGUUAAUUCUGGAACAGGAAGUAGAGACAGAAGCAUCGAAUGGCUUACCCUAGAACAUGCCUGGAAAUGGGAUCGAAUCUCAGAAAUUCCUGGCUCUUAA